UUUAUACUGGUAAAAGCAAAUUCAUUAAAAAUAAAGAUGCAUUCAUUCAACAUUUCGGAAAAUAUGCCUUUUAUAGCAUUAACUACUUUGUUUUUCCUCCUCGUAACGAUAUUCCUCGAUCAUGCUCUUCUGUGUAUAGGGAUCUUUG